CGCAGAGCCUUGCGCCGGAAGGGCGAGGAAGGCGAAGACGUGUCGGGUUUGCGGCCGACUUGAAAGGGACACGCGCGCGCGCGAUGGCGACUCCUGCGGGUUCCGGAGAGGCCGACGAGCUUUUCGACGUGAGGAACAACUUCUACAUCGGGGCCUUUCAGGCGGCCAUCAACGAAGCGCAGCGAGUCAAGCCAUCCAGUCCAGAAAAAGAAAUAGAGAGGGACAUCUUCCUGUAUCGUGCAUACAUCGCGCAGCGUAAAUAUGGUGUGGUGCUGGAUGAAAUCAAGCCCAGGGCUUGUCCAGAGCUCCAGGCCGUCCGGAUGUUUGCUGAAUACCUCUCCAAAGAGAGCCAGAGGGAUGCAAUUGUGGCAGAAUUAGAUAAGAAGAUGAGCAAGAGCAUGGAGGUCACUAAUACCACUUUCCUGCUGAUGGCGGCUUCGGUCUACUUCCACGACCAGAAUCCUGAUGCGGCGCUACGGACCCUUCACCAGGGGGAAAGCUUGGAAUGCAUGGCCAUGACCAUCCAGAUCCUACUAAAACUGGAUCGUCUGGAUUUGGCCCGAAAAGAGCUUAAGAAGAUGCAGGAGCAAGAUGAGGACUCAACGCUGACGCAGCUGGCAACUGCAUGGGUGAAUCUUGCAAUGGGUGGUGAAAAAUUGCAGGACGCUUAUUACAUCUUCCAGGAGAUGUCAGAGAAGUGGUCACCCACACUGCUGCUCCUGAAUGGCCAAGCUGCCUGCUACAUGGCACAGAGCAAAUGGGAAGAUGCCGAAGGGGUGCUGCAGGAGGCUCUUGACAAGGACAGCAGCCAUCCUGAGACUCUGAUCAACUUUGUAGUCCUCUCACAACACCUGGGGAAAACUCCAGAGGUGACCAACCGUUACCUGUCGCAGCUCAAGGAUGCCCAUAAGAGCCACCCGUUCAUAAAGGAGUAUCAAGCUAAGGAGAAUGACUUUGACCGCCUGGCCUUACAGUACACUCCCUGUGCAUGAUGCCUCAAAUCUGCAGCAUCUUGAGAAGUUGGAUUCAGCCCAAGCGUCUCCUAGGAAUCACUCUCUCUGGCCUAGUAAAAACUGGACAUUUCCCUGAGAGCAAAGCAAUCCAGGGUUUUCCGAUGCGGUUUCUCCAGUUAUCUUUGGUCUCCUGUUUUAAGCAAAGACCUGGUGGAAUAGAGACUCGGAAAUGCCAAACUUUUCGACAUUCCCAAUAAAUCCUCCAUUAGGUUUGCUUGUGA